AUGACUAUUGUCGCCGCCACCCACCGCCACCGUCACCCACUUUCGCCGCCACCACCACCACCCCAGCCGUCACCCGCCACCACCCACCAGCGCCACCACCCACCUCUACCCUUGCUGUCUCCCACCGUCGACACCUCCGCCCCCGCUGUCGCCCGCCACCACCCCCGCCAUAGCCGCUACCCACCCCUACCUGCGACGUCACCCGCCACCCACCUCCACCAACGCCGACGUCAACCACCACCAUUGUCAUCCCCGCCACCUACCUCCGCCCCAACCACCACCCCACCGCCGUUGCCACCACCUCCGACCACCGCUCCAAACGCCAUCUAUCAUCAUCCACCACCGCCAACUGCGGUCACUCACCACCAAUUUAAUUCCUCCGUCUAUUCUUUCUACCAAACAACACAAAGUAAUGACUCAUUUCAUUCUCAUAUGGUAACCAAAUAA